GCCACUCCAGGCGCGAUGCUGUUCUGGACUGCGCUCAGCAUGGCUUUGAGUCUGCGGCUAGCACUGGCGCGGAGCGGCGUAGAGCGCGGUCCCACAGCAUCAGUCCCCCAGGGGGACUUGUUGUUCCUGCUGGACAGCUCAGCCAGCGUGUCACACUAUGAGUUUUCAAGAGUUCGAGAAUUUGUGGGGCAGCUGGUGGCAACCAUGCCUUUUGGACCUGGGGCUCUGCGUGCUAGUCUGGUGCAUGUGGGCAGCCAGCCUCACACAGAAUUUACUUUCGACCAAUACAGUUCAGGCCAGGCUAUACAGGAUGCCAUACGUGUUGCACCCCAACGUAUGGGUGAUACCAACACAGGCCUGGCACUGGCUUAUGCCAAAGAACAAUUGUUUGCUGAGGAUGCAGGUGCCCGGCCAGGGGUUCCCAAGGUACUGGUGUGGGUGACAGAUGGGGCUUCUAGUGAUCCUGUGGGCCCCCCUAUGCAGGAGCUCAAGGACCUGGGUGUCACCAUCUUCAUUGUCAGCACUGGCCGAGGCAACCUGUUGGAGCUGUUGGCAGCUGCCUCGGCUCCUGCUGAGAAGCACCUACACUUUGUGGAUGUGGAUGACCUUCCAAUCAUUGCCCAGGAGCUUCGGGGCUCCAUUACUGAUGCGAUGCAGCCACAACAGUUUCAUGUCUCGGAGGUUCUGUCCAAUGGUUUCCGCCUGUCCUGGCCGCCCCUGCUGACAGCAGACACUGGUUACUACGUGCUGGAGUUGGUGCCCAGCGACAAACUGGUAACCACAAGACGCCAACAGCUGCCUGGGAAUGCUACCAGCUGGACCUGGACCGAUCUCAACCCGGACACAGAUUAUGAAGUAUCGCUUCUGCCGGAGUCCAACGUGCGCCUCCUCAGGCCACAGCACCUGCGAGUACGCACACUGCAAGAGGAGGUCGGGCCAGAACGUAUCGUCAUCUCGCAUACUAGGCCGCGCAGCCUCCGCGUAAGUUGGGCCCCCGCGCUUGGCCCGGAAUCCACUCUCGGGUACCAUGUACAGCUCGGACCUCUGCAGGACGGCUCUCUAGAGCGCGUGGAGGUGCCAGCAGGCCAGAACAGCACUACUAUCCACGGCCUGACGCCCUGCACCACUUACUUGGUAACUGUGACUGCCGCCUUCCGCUCUGGACGCCAGAGGGCGCUGUCGGCUAAGGCCUGUACGGCCUCUGGCGAGCGGACCCGUGUUCCAUAGUCCAUGCAGCAGGAGGCCGGACCGCAGGAGCCCUGAACUGCCUGCCUCGUCCACUCUAGGGGCCCUCUUCCCUAGCCCAGUGAGAGAGGCACUGCUGCUCGUGUUUUUUUCUUGUGGAUAGAGUGGGGUGGGGAGAUGGGAUGCCUGUCCUGCCUUUGACCCUCUUGUCGUUUCCCCACUGGUCAUUACCGCCCUUGCCCGACUCCCGGGGAAACCUGUGGCAACCCUGGUAGCCUCACGCGCAAUGGCAAUUCUCUCCGGUUGCCAGUGGAGUUGAGCACACCGUGGUCCUUGGGCAACAUUUGGCGAGGGGAUGAACAGUGUCUGAGGUCAGGUUGAGUACUUAAGACUCCGGACAAGCAUUCAGGAGAGGAGGCCACAGAGUUUCCUACCUGUGCCAAAGGCUGGGCCCUCUGGUGCAAUGACUACACGUGGCUUGGAGGAGAUGUCCAGGACCAUUCAGGUUCUGCCUGUGCCUAGAAAGUGGGUAGGAGAAAGGGAGGAGAGAGUAGUGUAGGCAGGGUUCACAAAGACUUCCUUAAGGAAAGGAAAGUUAGGGAGGGAUACUGGGAGGCUGAUGAUGUUGCCAAUUAGUUUUCAUCAAGAUUUCCUGCCAGCCUGGAGGCCAGGAUUUGUCAGGUCAUUGACUCUGCCUUCCUGCCCAGGACCUGCAUUGGGCCCUGCUAUCAGUGCCAGGGAUGAAGAGUCUUUUCACAGGAAUGGGAUGAGACCUUGACAUUUAGUACUUUAGCCGUUCUCUGACAGACUCUAAGGGAUCCUCCUGCUUUAGCGUGAGGAGCAAGGUGUCAUGCAGGUGGGCUACCCCAGUCAUCACUACUACCCUGCGGCAUCUGACAGAUACCUCAGGGUGGUCAGGAACAGGCUUCCUCUCAAGUCCCUAUGUCCUCCCAGAAUCAUUUGCCCUAACCCAAGCUUACGUCAUUUCUAUUCCCCACUAAUGACCCAGACUCUAAGGACAAUACAGUAAGCCAGACAUAAACUGUGCCUGCAGUCUCAUUAAAAUGCUUUAUUUUUCA